AAGGAUUAACUGCUAUAAUCGAUAAAUCAUAAGUAAAUGGUAAUAAAUGAUUUUAAUUUUACAUCAUACAUUGAUCAUAUCUGGGGCAGAGUAAACGCGCGCGCGCGCGCACGUACACGAUCAAAAUUGUCAUUUCAUCUAUGGUUCAAUGGCUUGCUUCUGAGCAUCAACAUACUAUAUCUAUCCUAUUGCAAGUUAAAACAGAAUUACAGUUACACAAAUACGUGACUUGAAGACAAAACAAAGAAUUACAAAGACUUGCAUAGAGACCGUUGCGCCAAAAAGAUGAGCUCCUGUGAAUUCUGAUGGAGUCAAGUAAAGAGACGCCACCCCUCUCGCGCCUAGCUUGCUGUUUCAGGGUCAAUGAAUGGAAUAGCCCCCAACACACCAAACUCCUCUUACCAGAUUGGCCAAUGACAGCCCCUAUAUAUACCCAUUCUUUUCAUUUUUAUCUGCCCUUUCAACAUUUUCAAGAAAAAGUGAUUCCCAAGAUAUCAUCUGUCCUGAUAACACAGAGAUAUUCCAGACAAAUGCCAACCCCAUCAAAAUCAUCAUCAACAAGAACCUAUGCCUCUCCAUCUUCCAUAAAUAUGGUUACGAGGUUAAUGGCAUUUUUCAGGGUACUAUUAGUUCUGUCUUGCCUAGUUGCUGCAUUCUCCUCCUCUUGUAACCAAUUGGAUAAAGAGUCUCUCUUGGCCUUCUCUAGCAACAUAUCCACGCUUUCCUCUCACCCUCCACUUAAUUGGUCCACUUCUGUUGAUUGCUGCUCCUGGGAAGGCAUUCUCUGCGAUGAGGGAAAUACAGAUAAUGGGCAUCGGCGAGUUAUUGGUCUGUUACUUCCAUCCAGAGGUCUCGCAGGUUCUAUAUCCCCAUCUCUCAUGAAACUCACUUGUCUCUCUAGGCUCAAUCUAUCCCACAAUCGACUUUCUGGUAAUCUUCCAACCCAAUUUUUUUCACUCCUUAAUCAUUUGCAGAUUCUUGAUUUAAGCCACAAUUAUCUCUCAGAUGAAUUGCCGACCUUUGAUAUUAAUAAUACCAAUACCAGUAGCACUAUUAUCCAAGAGCUAGAUUUGUCUAGCAAUCUAUUUCAAGGAACACUCCCAUCCUCUUUCCUUAAGUUCCUCAAAGCUGCAGCAGCAGCACGGACUUUGGCAUAUUUCAAUGUUAGUGAAAACGGCUUCAUAGGUCCAAUUCCCAUUUCUCAACUUUGCAUUAAUAAGACCAAUUCGUCUAUCAGAUUCCUGGAUCUUUCCUCAAACCAUUUUAACGGCUCAAUUCAACCAGGAUUGGGUGCAUGUUCCAAGCUUGAGAUUUUCCGAGCAGGUUUCAAUUCUCUUUCUGGGCCUCUUCCUGGUGAUCUUUUCGAUGCUAUUUCCCUUAGAGAGAUCUCUUUACCCCUAAAUCAACUCUCUGGAAAUAUUGAUGAUGGCAUUUCUACCCUUACCAACCUCACAGUCCUGGAGCUCUACUCCAAUGAUUUCAGAGGAUCCAUACCACAAGGUAUUGGUAAGUUAUCCAAGCUGGAAAAGCUACUCCUUCAUAUAAAUAAUUUGACAGGUACUUUACCCCCAUCUCUAGUGAACUGUGUCAAUCUUGUCGUGUUAAAUUUAAGGGUCAACCUCUUGGCGGGGAAUCUUGGAGAAUUUAAUUUCUCUGGAUUCCAACGGCUUACUAAACUUGAUCUUGGCAACAAUAAUUUUACGGGCAAUUUACCAAAAACCCUUUAUGCAUGCAAGUCACUGGCUGCAGUAAGGCUCACAUCAAAUCAGCUUGAGGGACAGAUCACCCCAGAUAUACUUGGACUUAAGUCUUUGUCUUUCCUAGCAUUAUCUGCCAACUCCCUAAGAAAUUUCACAGGAGCUAUGAGAAUACUCGCAGGCCUCAAGGACCUUAGUAGCCUUGUCCUCUCAAAGAAUUUUUAUAAUGAAACCAUCCCGUAUGAUGAGAACUUGGUUGGCCGAGAUGGAUAUCAAAAACUCCAAGUGCUAGCCUUGGGUGGUUGUAAUUUCACAGGUCAAAUACCGGGCUGGCUUGCAAGGCUUAGGACGCUCGAGGUCAUUGAUAUGUCCUAUAAUCUCAUCUCUGGUUCAAUUCCUCCUUGGUUGGGUAAACUUCCACAGCUAUUCUACCUCGACUUGUCUCAUAACCAACUUACAGGAGUAUUUCCCACGGAACUCACAGGAUUCCCAGCAUUAACAUCACAACAGGCAAAUGAUAGAAUAGUAAGGUCUUACCUGGAGUUACCUGUCUUCAUUGUGCCGAACAAUGCUUCUCAGCAGCAGUAUAAUCAGCUUUCAAAUCUACCACCAGCAAUAUACAUGAGAAACAAUAGUCUCCUAGGCAAUAUUCCUCAGGAGAUUGGCCUAUUGAAAGUCCUGCAUCAGCUGGAUCUGGGUAAUAACAACUUCUCUGGAAGUAUUCCAGUUCAAAUUUCUAACUUGACUAAUUUAGAGAAGUUAGACCUCUCAGGAAACCGACUAUCUGGUGAAAUUCCUGCUUCACUCAAAAGCCUGCAUUUCUUGUCAUUUUUUACAGUGGCAAACAAUGAUCUUCAAGGAGAGAUACCAACAGGUGGCCAAUUUCAUACUUUUCCUCCUUCCAGCUUUGCAGGAAACCCACAAUUGUGUGGUUCAGCUAUACAACGCUCUUGUUAUAGUCCAUCAGGUAAUAGAACAACUUUGAACCAAAAGACAAAAUGGAACCAAAGUAAAAUAAUUGGAACUGUCAUUGCACUUAGCUUUGCUGCCGUUUGUAUCAUCAUUGUUUUUGCAAUCUGGAUACUUUUCAAGAGGAGAAUCGCUCCAAGAGGAGAUCCUGAUGAGACUGAACAAGAAUCAACUUUUGUAACCUAUAACAAUGGUUUUCAUCCUGAAGUAGAUAAGAAGGCUAGCCCAGUGAUAUUGUUCCCCAAUAAAACAAGUGAAAUCAAGGAUCUUACUAUAUCUGAGAUCUUGAAAGCCACUAAAAAUUUCAGUCUAGCAAACAUUAUAGGAUCUGAGGAUUGUGGUUUAGUUUAUAGAGCGACCUUACCGGAUGGAAAUAAACUAGCCAUUAAGAAGCUUACAGGAGAAUCACGGCUUACGAAAAGGGAAUUUAGAGCAGAGGUAGAGGCUUUGUCAAUAGCCCAACACGAGAAUCUGGUAGCUGUGCAAGGUUAUUGUGUGCAUGAUGGCUUUCGACUUCUCAUAUAUAGUUUCAUGGAAAAUGGGAGCCUAGAUUAUUGGUUGCAUGAGAAGCCUGAUGGUGCAACUCAACUUGAUUGGCCAACUCGAUUGAAGAUAGCACAGGGUGUGAGUUGCGGGUUGGCUUACAUGCAUCACACAUGUGUACCACACAUUGUGCAUCGCAAUAUAAAACCAAGCAAUAUCCUCCUUGACGAAAAUUUUGACGCACUCGUUGCUAAUUUUGGGUUAUCCCGAUUGAUUCUUCCUUCUCGCACCCAUGUUACAACUGAAGUUGUAGGUACAUUAGGUUAUAUUCCGCCUGAGUAUGGACAAGCAUCAGAGGCCACGCUUCGCGGAGAUGUGUACAGUUUUGGCGUUCUCUUGCUUGAGUUGCUCAGUGGGAGGAGGCCUCUUGACAUGUGCAAGACAAAUAUGUCAAUGGAACUGGUUCUUUGGAUGCAACAAAUGAUGAGUGAAGGAAAAGAAGAUCAAGUCUUUGACCCACUUCUUACAGGAAAGGGCUUUGAAGAUGAAAUGUUGCAGGUACUUCAUGUGGCUUGCAUGUGCGUCAGCCACAAUCCUUUCAAGAGACCAAACAUCAGAGAAGUUGUUGAUUGGCUGAAGAAUGUAGGAUCAGCCAAACAACACCACAAUGAAGAUUAGAGAAAUGUCUUUUCUUCAAUACAUUUUGACAACACAUGCAUGCUUAUGAAAAAACCUUUUUUCCAGAUUUAUAAGUACAUAUUCUCAUUUUCAACCAUGUAACUGAUGAGUGAAGGCUCCCAUGCGCAUCAAGUGAAAAAAAUAUAAGGUAAAUUUCAAGAAGGACAGAGUAUCAUAGCAAGGCAGCAAGAACCAUCCCCACCCUCGCAAGAACCCCAAAGGAUAAACAGAAGAUAAAAUUUUCGUAGUCAACAUAGAAGCAACGAUCACGAAACCUGGCUUCCUUCAGAAUCGCCCUCAUUGCCGUUGAAGACGUCGAAGGGAUUGAUUGAAGAACGCGAGGCGAAUGGCCGAAUAUGCCAAAAAGAAAUAUUAAAAAA